AAUCUUCUGAACUGAUACAAACGCGUACUGUCUCUGUACAUAAACAUCUAAAGGGAGUUCUUUGAAAGUACAUACUUUCAGAUGACUCAUUUGAUGACAAGUUUUUGUUGGGCUGUGGACAGUGCCAUAAGGAGUGAGACUGCGUCAAAUUCGGGAUCAUCCCCUGUCCAUAGUUUUGCUUCGGUAGUGGACUAUGCAUUGAGAAGUAGUUCUGCUUCUGAACCAGAUUUGGGAACGUCCCGUGUCCCCAGUUUUGGUUCGAGAGUGGACUAUGUGAUCAGUAGCAGUGAUGGAGAAAGAACAGAUGUGCGCGCUGAAGGGUCAUCACGAGAGGCGUCCAGUGUCACAGGAAAUCUUGUAAGAGGCUUCCAAUUAUUCAGCAAGGCUGAGCUUGUAGCAGCGAUCAACAAUUUCUCACUUCAGAACAAGAUUGGUGGUGGUGCAGCGUACAUAGGCAAACUCCUUGAUGGUCGUGAGGUUGCAAUCAAGAGGGUUGAAAGAAUGAUCUCAAUUAAAUCUAAAUUGGCUAUCUUGCCUCGCCUACACCACAAGCACUUGGUUGGACUAGUUGGGUUCUGCGAAGAGAAAGACGAGACGCUGUUGGUGUACGAGUACCUGAAGAAUGGGGCGCUGUAUGAUCAUUUGCACGAGAAGAAGAAUGUGGAGAAGGGUAGCAGUGUGUUGAAUGAUUGGAAAAUGAGGAUAAAAAUUGCUUUGGAUGCUUCCCGGUGUAUAGAAUAUCUUCAUAAUGCAGUUCCAUCAAUUAUUCACAGAGACAUAAAGUCUUCUAACAUUCUCAUUGAUGCUACUUGGACGGCAAGAGUAUCAGAUUUUGGAUUGUCUAUGAUGAGUCCAGAACCUGACCGUGAUCACCGACCAAUGAAGGCAGCAGGAACCGUUGGAUACAUUGAUCCUGAGUACUACGGUUUAAAUGUAUUGACGGCAAAGAGUGAUGUGUAUGGACUUGGAGUUGUACUGCUGGAACUUUUAACAGGAAAGAGAGCUAUAUUCAAGUAUGGCGAAGAUGGAGGCAUAUUUGGAACUUUUAUGAGUGUGGUGGACUUUGCAGUGCCUCGUAUUUUGGCUGGAGAAUUGGUGAAAAUUUUGGAUCCAAGGGUUGGACCACCCGACGUGAAUGAGGCAGAGGCAGUGGAAUUAGUGGCCUAUAUAGCCCUCCAUUGUGUGAAUUUGGAAGGGAAAGAUAGACCAACCAUGACUGACAUUGUGAACAAUUUAGAGAGGGCUUUGGCUAUUUGAGAGAGUAGCCAUCAUAGCAUUUCCAGUGGCUCUAUCUCUGUUGUUUCCGAAUGAUAAAAGUUCAGCCCCGGAAAAGGGGACAAAAUAUUGAAAAUUUUGUGAAUUCUUAUUCAUUUUUCUCAAUUCCAUAUCUUCAUUCAUUCUUUCCA